AUGGUAUUUGAAUUGCUUUGUUGUAAUCUCUACGAAUUUAUAGCUUUAAAUAAUUUUGUAGGAUUGGAACCUGAUUUAAUAAGAAGAUUUGCAAUUUAAAUCCUUUAAGCUCUUUUUUAUUUAAAAGCAUGCAACAUAAUCCAUUGUGAUUUAAAGCCAGAGAAUAUCCUCUUAAAAGAACUUACAAAAUCUGGUUUAAGAGUGAUAGAUUUUGGUUCAAGUUGUUUUGCUAAUAAUAAAAUGUAUACUUAUAUUCAAGUAAAUAUAUUAUUAAUUAAAAUAAAGAGCAGAUUUUAUAGAGCUCCAGAAAUAAUCCUUAGAAUAAAUUAUUCAUUCUAAAUAGAUAUGUGGAGUUUUGGAUGUAUAAUUGCUGAACUCUUUCUUGGAGAAUCUUUGUUCUAAUCUAAAACUGAAAAAGAAUUAUUAUAUAUUUAGACUAAAGUUUUAGGAAUGCCUUCAAAGGACAUUAUUGAUUAAAGUCCUAAAAGAUCAAAGUAUUUUGAUGAUAAAUACCAACUCAAUUAUAAAGUAAAAUAGACAGAUUAUAUUUAAAAAUUGAAGCCUCUUUCUCAAUUACUAGAAAAAGCAGAUGCAGAAUUUUAUGAUGUAUAAAUUAAAUUCUAAAAAUUAGUUUAUAAACAAAUGUUUAUAAUGGAAUUAAUAUUAAAGAUUAACACCAGAAUAAGCUUUAGAUCAUCCUUGGGUUAUAAAUAGUCUGUCUUAACCAAUUAAAAAUGAACUUCUCCAAAAAAGAAAAAAUAUCAAUUAAAUAAUUAUCAGUUCCAAAAAUCAUGAAAAGCAAGAAAUUAAUUGA